UCCCUUCAAUUUUGUCAUCUACGCACCCGGUUUCCAUCUUCUCCCUCUGGAUCUCCAUCUUCUCUCCUCUCCGCCUCCUUGGAAGGAAAUCGCGACAGGAUAAACGGAAGAGAUUCCAUCUUUGGAUCGGUAGGCAUCAAAGCUAAUGCAACUCUAUCUCUUCCAACCCGCUUUCACACCAACUUCACCAUACCACUCGCCUCUUAUCAAUGGGAGAAACCCUCUCCUUCACCCACCUAAGACCUCCUUCCUCCCCUCUUUGGUCAGCAACCCCUCCCUUCUUAAAGGCGUCCCCAUUAGGCCACCUCCCCAUGGCCAGAAUUGGAAGGUCACCUCCUCCCUGAUUGAAAGCCCUGUGCUUUGGGCUGGCAGGCUCUGCAUCUUCUAUGCCCUCCUCAAGGCUGGCCUUGCGGGCUCCCAGUCCAAUCCAUUCAUCUCUUCAGAGGAGGGGAAUGGUGGUGCUGAUUUGGGGUUUUUCAAGUUUAUUGAGAGCUUGCAAGGGAGAUCAGAUGAUAAAGAAGCGAAAGAUAGAAGGAAACUAGUCAGUAAGUGGCAUCCAACAACCAAGGGUACGCUUAAGAGGAGUUACAGAGUACCUUCAAAGAAUGAAGGCCGCCGCCUCCUAAAAGCCAUUGCAUCCUUACUAUCUGAUGAUGAUCAUUUCACCGAUGCUACCUCACACAAGGGUUGUCAAAUAAGGAGGGAGAGUGCUCAUGGGGAAAGUGUAUGCUGCAACAAUGUACGAGCUCUGUUUGAUGAGCUCCCCACUCCGCACCUGGUUGUUGAGAUCACUGCUUUUCCUGCAGGGCCACUAACAGACAGAGACUAUGUGAAGGCAGAGAAGCUUGAGAGGGUGUUGAGGUCUGGAUCUUCCAUUUGAGUCUUAUUACCUUCAUACGUGCCUCUGUACAUCAAUGAAUGACUGAUAUGUGGUGAACAGCAUGAGCUCCUAAUCUUUGUCAAAACUGUGACUGUCUAAGCCUGCAUGUUUGCAUGUGUAUUUAGCAUUAAUAUCUUUCUGAAUCUCAAUCUUUAAGGACAUGCAACAUCAUAUAAUCAAUUCUAAAUCUUUUAAGCUAUCAAGUAUCAUGGUAGGAGGACAUGACCUCUGGUGAAAAUGCAUGGUAAGACAGGUGAAAGCCAACAACAAAUUCUUGGCACAAAGAUAUAUAAAUGCAUGGUAUGUUGUUUUUUUAAUUCUGGUUUAACAAUUUGACA